CAAAAUAAUCACAUUAUUAACUUUCAAUCCGACUGGUGAAGAUCACAAUGCGAACGUUUCUUAAUAUAUUUACUAUUUUGGGAUAUCUAAUGCCGACUCUUAGCCAUGUGACUUUCACAAAUCUAAAGUGCGGUACAAUGGACCGGAAUUAUCUUACAUUCGAAAAAUGCCACAUCAAAGCGGUGAAUCGUACACAUAAAUACAUCGACAUUCAUAUCAAUCUGCUUAAAAAACCGGUGGAAAAUAUCACAGUUACCGCGAAGUUCAUGCGGCACGAUCAUGGGUACAAACCAUUUUUCGUAGACCUUACCUUUAACGGUUGCCAGUUCCUCAAAAACCAACGGCAACCGAUUGUGAAACUGUUUUAUGAAAUAUACAAGAACAGUUCCAACAUUAAUCACACAUGCCCCUUCGAUCACGACAUAAUUUUGGAUCAUCUUUGGACUGGAAAUAUAGAAUCGGGUCUCUUGAAAUUUGUCCCUAUGGUCAAUGGCGAUUAUGCUAUUUUUUCCGAAUGGUCUACAUAUAAUAUUGCUCGGGCGUUUAUAAAUAUGUACAUCAGAAUAUCGGAUAGGCAAACAUUAUAAUCAUAUGCUUAUUGAAAUUAAUAUUAAAAUGUUCUCGAAUUUUGUAUUACACGUAUUUUUUAAAAAUACACAUACAAUUUACAUUUUAAAAA